UGGGGUAAAAGGGGGGCAAAACGUGAACCACAAUCCCACCACAAAGCUCGAUUUUCUUCGCUCCGCUGUUAUGGAAAAUAUUUUGCUUAAUCUGGUCAUUGAAUUGAUGAGUUAAUUGAAGUUUAGUCUCCGUACAAGCGUGAGACUUUUUAUGCCAAAAAAUAGAAACUUGCUCGAGCGAAGCUAACAUUUGGGCCACAAAAUUUACCCCAGUCAUCCAAGGGAUCUUAUGACACAGAUAUAGACUCCUGCUGCAUGAAUGGGAAAUGAGGUUGGCGGGGAGGAAGCCGGCAAACUUGAACGAUGAUGGCAUGCAUGGCAUGGCAUUUCAGCCGUUUCGUUGACAGUUUUAAAAAUAGAAUUAUUAAGAAGUAACGAGGCAUGGUUCCUUUAAGAUCUGAUUAUCAUAACAAAUAAAACAAUAAGUAUUUUUCCCGACUAACUUAUGAGCUAGUGAUGCGGGUACAAAUGAGUCAUAAAUGGAAAUUUUAACUACAAAAUUUUAAAUCUGUGAACAGUUGAAAUUACGAUUGCGCUGACUACAGGAAAUCACAAUGGCUGUAGAAAGAGAAAUCCAGUGUCAUGAUUCUUUCGAAAUAUUAACCUUGGCAAAACUUUGUGUUUUGAUUGCAAAUCGUUUUACAAUAGUUAAUUCAAAUGGCCAGGCCAAAUUAUUUUAAUAUGGCAAUGCGUGAUUGCCCUCUUCAAGGGGCGUGCUGACGUCAAAUGAUUUUAAAGGCCUAUUAUAUCUUAAUCGAGUUUAGCCUUUGCUUCUAGAUGUGUCUAUAUCGAUCGCACGGACCUAUACCUGAAGCUUGAUUUAGCACUUUCGAAAAUUUAAGGAAAAACAUUGAGACUCAAAGAUGCCUCAACUCAAGCGUGUUUGUGUGAUUGGAGCUGGACCCAGUGGCAUGUCAGUGUUGUAUCACUUCAAUAAACUGAAGACACAAGGAAAGGAAAUUCCAGAAAUAGUGUGCUUUGACAAGCAAUCGGACUGGGGAGGACUCUGGAAGUACUCCUGGGAGACUGACACUGAUCAAUAUGGCGAACCUGUUCAUGGAAGUAUGUACCAAGGAUUGUGGUCCAAUGGUCCUAAGGAAGGUUUGGAAUAUCCUGACUAUACCUAUGACGAGCAUUUUGGGAAACCAAUCUCAUCCUACCCCCCUCGAGAAGUUCUCUAUGAUUACCUGAAAGGUCGAUGGUCCAAAAAUAAUCUUCGCCCUUGGAUUUCCUUCAACCAUGUUGUCCGUCAUGUGACCUACAACGACGCCACCGACGAUUUCUCAGUGGUUGUGAAAAACCUUUCCGAAGACCGGGUGCUCCCUGUUCGAAGGUUUGACUAUGUUAUCGUGGCAACUGGCCACUUCUCCGUCCCCAAGAUCCCUUCCUUUCCUGGAAUAGACAAGUUCCCUGGUCGGGUUUUACACUCGCACUCUUUCCGGAAUGCCUCUCACUUUAAGGACAAGAACAUUCUCGUGGUAGGCUCAAGCUUAUCUGCAGAAGACAUCGCUAUCCAGUGUCUCAAGUAUGGCGCGAAAAGCAUCGUUUGCACUUGGAAAACAAAGCCCAUGGGUUUUCCUUUUCCCCCUGGGAUAACAGAAAGACCCCUGUUGACCAGGAUCGAAGGUAGCACAAUCCAUUUCAAAGACGGUUCCACAACAGAAGUUGACGACAUCAUUUUGUGCACAGGGUAUCGUUAUUCCUUCCCGUUUCUUGAAGAUGAUCUGCGCCUGAAGACCGAUCUUAGCCUGUACCCCGUGGGACUCUACAAGGGCAUUUGCUGGACCCAGGGAGGAAACAGAAAGCUUCUGUACAUGGGAAUGCAGGCUCAAUACUAUACCUUUAUCAUGUUUGAUGUACAAGCCAAAUGGGCGGUGGAUUACAUCACAGGAAAGCUUUCCCUUCCAGACAAGCAAAACAUGGAGAAUGACUGCCAGAAAUGGCUUGCGAGAAUGUGUCCUUUAAAGAACCAUCACAACAACAUUGAUUACCAAACUGCUUACGUUGCUGAUCUUGUUAAAGAAUCAAACUAUGGCUUCGACUUGGAUUGCUCAGAAUUACAACACGCGUGGUACAAAUCCAAAACGGUGAACAUCACGACUUACAGAGAUCAGCGCUACACAAGCAAGUUCACCGGAACUAAGGCACGAGCUCAUCAUCCACCAUUUAUGAAAGCAUUUGAUGAUUCCAUGCAGACUUAUCUCAACGCCUGCGAAUAAAAAUGGCCUUUUAUAAGUACUUUUUGAAAGUACUCUCCGCAGUAGUUUCCGCAGCUUAUGCUGUUCAGCCGGCAUUUCUCUGUAACAAUUUUUAACCUUUUUACAACUUUGCCGGAAAUGAUUAGGUACACGAAAUCUGCUCCACUUUCUUCCAAAUCAGGAGACAACAAAGCUCAACAUGAAGUGAGCUUGGUUAACUAAAGGAAAAUUGUAAACCCCGUGGUAAUGUAUGAUGAUGUAGUUAGUGAGUUUAAAAUUCAAUAAAAUUAACAUGGAGCACUGGU